UCUCUCUUGACUGCUAUGAUUGUAAUUACAGGCUACUAGUAGUUAGGCUACUUUAUUAGUUAGGCUACAUGUAGGCAAGCCUACUUUUUAGGAUAGCCUAUGCACAGGGAAGACCAAGGAUGCAGGGAAUGGUUUCAGCUUACCUUUGCCAGCAUUAGCCUACAACAUUAAAUCACACUAAACAAAUGACUUGUCUGAGCUCUUACAGAAACACGUGUAGAAGAGUAUUUUAAAAAUCCAAAUAUAUAGGCUAUGCGACUGUAAUGACAACAGACAUUUAAAUAUUUGUGUUCUUUGACUGUUUUCCAAAAAAUACACCAACGGCAUCGAGGAUUGACAUUUUGGCAAUAUUAGAACAUAAUAGUGCAACAUUAAUUCAGUUUCGCAAAUUGUGUCACAAAGUAGCCUAUUUGGGGAACAGAUUUGAAUCUGAUGGAUUAGGCUAUGCCAAAAACUGCGGCUCUGAUAUGUGACUGUUUUAAUGCUCCGAGGAAUAUUUAAGUAAUCUAAUUUAUAAUUUGGUCUGAUUUACAAAUAUUCAAACAAGUUGAUUUUUACAUUUUGUUUGCGGAUUCGAUUUUGGCACAUACCUACGAGAGUAGACUCGGUUAUGACCAAAAUAAGCGUAAAUAGCAUACGGGAAAUCUGUAGUUGGAAGAGAAAGAGAUUUUCCCAGAAUGCAAAGUGGAACAUGGCUGCUCGCGCAUGUUUCUGACAGUAACUUCUGGGAUUGGUUAGAGCUUGAUUGGUCAAUAGUUUUCUGCCUUCCGUAUUUUUUCGCGGUAAAAAUACACUGAGCAUGAGAGUAAGGAGGACGCUUGUCGCUUUAAGACCAGAUGUAUAGCCUAUCCUGAUUUACGGUGAGAAGAUGGUUGUGGAAGUGGAACUGACACCAUGCCAGCAGCACAGUGAAAAUGAGUUACUGUGCUGGCUCAAUCAGUCACUGCAAGCAGGGUUCACCAAGGUGGAGGAGACAUGCUCAGGUGCUCCUUUUUGCCAGCUGAUGGAUUUAUUGUACCCUGGUUCUGUAAAUAUUGAACGCGUCAACGUUCAGGCACAGCAGGAACUGGAUAUCCUCCACAACUACAGCCUUCUUCAGGUGGCCUUUAGGAAGAAGGGGAUCACUAAAAUGAUCCCUGUGGAAGCUUUAGUUCAAGGAAAAUCUGAAGAUGCCUUCAAUCUUCUGCUUUGGUUCAAGGACUUUUUCAACAUUGAAGGACGGAAAUGCACUACUUUGGAAACCUGUGAUGAGGAGGGGUUGGUGUCAUUACCUGCUCAGCGACCAAGAGCAAUCACACAGCUGCACUUCUUCCAAGAAGAGGGCAAAUCCGAUAACUCUGAGGAUUGUGAAUCCACACCGACUCUUUUCACCAACACAGACAUGGCGGAGACGGACUCGAUGGAUUCCUUCUCCUGCAGCCUAGCCACAUUAAGAUUCAUCCGCAGACACAGGCCAGAAUUAUCAGCUGGCUCCAGCUCAUCAACGUCCUGCAGAGAUGCCAGGUCCACUCUUGGUCAUGGAUACCCAGAGGACAUUACAUCCAUAUGUUCCCACACACCAUACUGCUUGUAUCUGUAUGUGGGUGUGGAACUGGGAGAGAAAGAAAGGGCAAGUGUGAUCUUGAUCGGGUUCUUUGAUCAGACAAGUGGAGCCUAUUGUUUGCGUGUGCUGGAUGUUAUCCAACCCCUGGAGGAUGCAGAGACAACCGAAUUGACAUGUUUGAUAGAGACACUGAAAAAGUUUGAGAUUCCUGUGGAAAACCUCGCUGUAUUUUACUCCAAUUUGGUGGACCGUGAACAGAGCAAUGUUUUCACAUUGGGUCUAAAGGCCAUGAAGCCUUCAAUGGUGUCACUGUGUGGCCUUGUGAGUUUAACAGCACAAGCAUGUCAUGAGGGCCUCACAGCAACAGGAAUCUAUGACCAGGUCUUACAACUCAUCAGGAAGUUGUCUUUGCACACCUCUUCCUCUGCCAGCAAUGACGCUCUAAAACAGCUCUUCAGUGACUUGGCAAAACUAGACACCAAUCCCCCCUUAAGCACACAGAGUUUGCUCUUCAUCAGGACUGUCUGUAAAAUAUCCAACCGGUGGUCUACACUGACCAAAUUGUUCGGCUCUCAGGUGGUUGAGGAAGAGGGCAUGGGUCAGAUCCAUUCCUUGCUCAUUGAUCAGAGGCUGAGGCUGAUGUUCAUGUUCCUAAGCUUUGCCCUGGAACCUCUGGCUAUUUUUCAGGAGACACUGGAGAAGGGAGCAGAUUUGGGCCAGAUGCUCCAUGAUUCUUCUGGUCUGCUCCAGGUCUACACCUCUAGUUUCCUCCAGCUGACAGCCAUUGCACGUUACCUCAGGAAAUAUAAUGAGGCUCUUCUAAAUGACAAGGCAGAACAUCUUCCGAUAGGCAAGGUGAAGGUGGGCCAGCAGGUGGAAGAUUUCCUUUCGCUGCACAAGGUAGAACUUGUGGAUUUGUUGGAAGAUUUCCACAAGAGCACUGUCUCCUUCUAUGCAGCAGUGACGUCUAGCAUUGUCAAGAGUCUGCCUCUUACCACCGUGGCCUUUGUAAACAUGGCCGCCAUCCUGAAACCUGACGGAAGACUGGAGGUGACGAGCAGAACGGUGACUGACAUCGCCACCCAGAUGGGCAUUUGCCAGAACCCGGAGGAGGUCACCCAGCUCUCUGAUGAUUUCCUUGAGUAUCAGCUCUGUGAGGAUGUGGACAGCCAGCUGGAUGUGGCUCAGCAUUGGAGAGGAGCACUGAGGAUCAUGGGAAAGUCGUCCAUGUUCGGUAAACUCAUCCUCAGCCUCAUGGCUUUCCCCAGAGCGCUAAAAGAGGACCAGGUCUUUGCUCAGGUAUUUCAGAGGGUUGCUGAGAACCAGAAGGAUGAACCAGUGAAAAAGAUUAAAGAGGAUCCCAAGAAACCAGUUGCUGAGGUAGGCAGUACCACAGAUGUCCGUACAGAUGUCGCUACCACACAGAGUCCUCGAAAAGAAUCGGAAUCCUCAUCGUCAGAUGUGAUGGAACUUAGCGAGAUGGAUAUUGCAGAGGAGGAUACACCAGAUGUUGUGCAAGAUGAAGUAACACAUCCAAACGUACCCGAGCCCAUAGUUAUUGAUGAUGAUGACGAUGACAGUGAUGAGAUCAUUUGGACAGAUACAUCUUACAGUGAGAGCCUUACAUCAACACCCAUUGGGCAAAAAGAAGCUCACUCAUACCAGGAUGGAAAGGGCUUUGAAGUUGGUGAGCUGGUCUGGGGUAAUGUAAUCGGGUACUCGCGAUGGCCAGGGGAGGUGCAGCCAUGGAGGUCCAGGACCACUAAGCCGUCCAUCCGCAAAGUGAAGUGGUUUGGGGACGGGUUGUUCUCCAGGAUUCAUGUUGGUGGACUUCACCCUUUCUCAGCCUUCGCUGAGUGCUUCUGCCCCAACUCUCUUGCUACCCUUGCCCCAUAUAAGACUGCUAUUCUCCAUUCCCUGCAGACAGCAGCAGAGCGUUGUGGGAAGGAAUUCUCAUUGCAGACUGAUAACAAAGAGGAGCUCCUGCGACAAACGCUGGAUUGGGCUUUUAGUGGCUUCAAGCCCACUGGACCAGAUGGCUUCAAACCUGCGCCCCAAACAAUCAACCUCACAGAAAAUAUGCUGAAUGGGAAAGGCUUGCCAAACUAUCUGAAAGACUUGACGACCCCUGUGAAAAGCAAACUGGACACGGCUACCCUGAGCAGCUUGAAGCAAGUGUCUGUGCGUCUGACGAAAUUGACCUUAAACCUUGAGAAUGGCACCAUAGCCCUGAAGCAGAAGCCAAUCUAUCCUCGCAGUGGUAUUCUGGGUCGCCCCAAAAAAUACAAAAAUGGCCACAAGAAGGACAAGGCCCAGAAACGAGCUUUAGAAAAACAGCCAGAGCCAGAACUAGACUUCAAUAGAGAACAAAUGAUACAUGAGGUUUCAGUGAAUGGGAAGAAUAUUGAAGAUUUCUGCUUGUCCUGUGGAACAGCUCAGGUUAACAUUUUUCAUCCACUAUUUGAAGGGAGUCUAUGUUCAAAGUGCAAGGAUAAUUUCACGGAGACACUUUACCGCUACGAUGAGGAUGGCUACCAGUCCUACUGCACCGUGUGCUGUGCUGGGUUGGAGGUCAUCCUGUGUGGAAAUCACAACUGCUGCCGGUCGUUCUGUGUGGACUGUCUGAAUAUCCUGGUGGGUGCAGGCACCUUUGACAAGCUGAAGGAGCUGGAUCCCUGGAUCUGUUACCUGUGCGAGCCAGGCAGCGCAGGUGGUGCCCUCACCCCUCGGGGGGACUGGAGCAUCCGUGUCCAGGAUUUUUUUGCUCACGACAGCGGCUUGGCAUUUGAACCUCAUCGGGUUUAUCCCUCAAUCCCAGCCAUCCAGCGGAAGCCCAUCAGAGUUCUCUCCCUGUUUGAUGGCAUAGCCACAGGUUAUCUGGUUCUGAAAGACAUGGGAUUUAAAGUGGAGACGUAUGUGGCAUCUGAGAUUGAUGAUGAGUCCAUUGCGGUAUCCUUGGUGAACCAUGAAGGCAUCAUCGUGCACGUGGAUGAUGUUCGGUUCAUCACGAGGGAACAUGUUGAGAAAUGGGGCCCGUUUGAUCUCCUCAUUGGGGGAAGUCCAUGCAAUGACUUGUCCAUUGUCAAUCCUGCACGGAAAGGAUUAUUUGAGGGAACGGGUAGACUCUUUUUUGAGUUCUACCGAGUGCUCCACGUCUUAAAGCCCAAAGAGGAUGACCCCAAACCAUUCUUUUGGCUGUACGAGAACGUGUCGUUCAUGGCUAACAAGGACAAGACUGACAUCUGCCGCUUUCUGGAGUGUAAUCCAGUGCUGGUCGACGCUGUGAAAGUCAGUCCUGCUCAUAGAGCUCGCUGCUUUUGGGGAAACCUUCCUGGAAUGAACCGGCCCAUCAUUGCUGCUCAGAAUGAUAAGGUGACCCUACAAGACUGCUUGGAGAUUGGCCGCACAGCAAAGGUCACCAAGGUGCGGACCAUUACCACAAGGUCGAACUCUCUGAAGCAAGGCCCAAAGGAGGACGUGUUUCCAGUCACUAUGAAUGGGAAAGAUGAUAAUUUGUGGAUCACUGAGUUGGAAAGCAUCUUUGGAUUUCCUAAACACUAUACGGAUGUGAAGAACAUGAACCGUCAGCAGCGGCAAAAGGUCCUGGGCAAGUCCUGGAGUGUUCCAGUCAUCAGGCAUCUCUUUGCGCCUCUCAAGGAUUAUUUUGCCUGUUAUGAUAAGGCUUCGGCCACCACCACUAAUUCAGUGGAAUGAUCUGGCAUGUCUGUGUCCAGAAAUAAUGCAUUUGCAUUUUGAUGAAAUUUAACAUUUUUAUUAUUUAAAUUUUCAUAAUGGUUUUCUAUGAAUGAAAAAUAUUUUUUUAAAUAGUAUUGGGCAGCAUCUAAUGGAUUUGCUGUUGACUAAAUUGAAUGUCAUUGUUUAAACCUUUGGGUUUAUAUUGAUUUUUUUAACAUUUUAGGAUUAAAACAAUUUUGGGAUAGAAUUUUAUGUGCAUAUGCAAUUGUUAAUCCAGUUUUUGUUUUUUCAAUGGAAAUCUAAAAUGUACGUGCUCAGGUGAUUUUAGAUUGUUUAGAAUGUUCUUAAUGUAUUCAUGAAUUUCAAGUACAGUAUGAUCUUGUAAAACAACCAUUGCCAGCCAGUUUUAUUUAUGAAAUGUGAAACACAUUGACAUGUUGAAGUGCUUGAAUCAAUUGUGAGUUGAGAUUUGCUGUCGUUGAUAAGCCUCAGUUGUUCAUCAGACCUCACACAGAUUGAGUAAUUACCCUUUUUAAUGUCAGAUGUGAGAUUAUAAUUUAUCUGGAGAACUACUCCACAAUAAAUGACAAUGAGACAAUGAGCCAGUGUUCCUGCAGGUCAACUGGUUGAGGAAAGCUGCUAAGACAGGGUCAUAUUGUUUAUUCCCAGGUUGCACACAUAAUGAUAAUACCUCAGCUAUAUUGUAAGUCGCUUUGGAAAAAUGCAUUUGCUAAAGCGGUAAAUUAGAACAAAUGUUGCCUAUGUAAUGAAUGGAUAUUGGUGCUGUCAAAUAAAUGUUACCUCAGAGAAUCGCUGUAUGACAUUUC